CUGUUUUUAAAGUUUUAGUAAACAGGUUGGUUCAGCUAUCUUGGAUCCCAUUAAACCAAACGCCAAAGGUCAUAAACAGAUAGAGAUUAUGAACAGUAAGCAGAGCGGUAUUCUAUUCUGAUCAAACCGAUCAGUGAGAGAGUUAGCGACGGCGACGGCGGCGGCGAGGAGGAUGGAGGAGAGGCGUGUAAGGAGGUUUGGAAGGGGACAAACUCACACUCUUCUUCCCCUUCGAACUUCAGAAACCCGAAUCCGCCGUCUAUCAAACACCAUUUCUUGCUGGUAUUGCGAUUACAAAAUCUCAGCCUUGAAUGCGCCCCUUUUCGGAUUUGGAAGAAGGCAUGCCAGGCUUUUGCGUCUUUGGUUUUCGAUUGGGGUCGGUUUUACCCUAACUGUACUGCUUGUAGUCACUCUGAUUCUUCUUUGGGAAUUAGGCAGUGUCCUGCAGAUUUUUCGUGGAAACACAGAGUUCUCUGAUUUCCUUAGUUCAAUCAUAUUUGGGUUUUCUCCUCGGGUCUAUGCUUUGAGACUAUCACUUGCUGAUGCUGCUUAUUUGUUAAUUUCUACUUCGAUAUCAGUAUCCGUUCAUGAAUUUGGGCAUGCCAUAGCUGCUGCAAGUGAGGGCAUACAAGUGGAAUACAUAGCCAUUUUUGUUGCGGUUCUUUUUCCUGGUGCUCUGGUGGCUUUCAACUAUGAGUUGCUGCAGAUUUUAGAGCAGUUUGCUGCUCUUCGUGUGUUCUGUGCUGGCAUUUGGCAUAAUGCUGUGUGUUGUGCAGCUUGUGGACUGAUGUUAUUCCUUCUGCCCUUGAUCUUGUGUCCCUUCUACAUGCAUGGCGAUAGCCCCAUGGUUUUGGAUGUACCUUCCACUUCUCCUUUGUCGGGUUAUUUGUCUCCUGGUGAUAUGAUUGUGUCAUUGGAUGGUAAACACAUCCGCCAUGAACAAGAAUGGAUAGAGAUGACUGCCCUAAUGCAAGAACAGGCACUUCAAAGUUCAAGUCAUUCAGAAAAUUCCAAAGGUUUUGCCAUAGUUCAUAGCAGAAAAGGUUAUUGUGUUCCUACUUCUCUGAUUGAAGAAAGCAAGAAGAUGCACUUGGUAUAUAAUCAAUCAUCUUGUCCUAAUGAUCUUACUGAAUUUGUAGCCAUUCAAUGCUUUGAUUCUAGUAAAUUAGAUGACGUCAGCAAUGGAGAUGAUCAUCUGAACAAAAGAGGGAGUAGGCAUUGCUUGAGUGCUACUGAUGUUGUCAAACUUAAUAAAUGUAGUCAUGGAAGGGUUACAGAAAUAACCAAUGGAAGCAGCUGCAUUUGUUCUCAGGAUGAAACUUGUUUAAGCCCUGUCCAAUUACCUGGGUUAAUAUGGGCUGAGAUCACCUAUUCUAGCCCUUAUUCUCCAGAAUGCUUGCAAGUUGGAGGGAACUCUUUUCCACAUUCUGAAACUGCAGACUUCACUAAAGAUGGUUGUGGUGGGACUUUUGUUUUUGUUGGUGAUGCCAUCUCCAUGGCACACUCCGUUCAGUUAACUGCUUAUCAACCUCGUUGGGCAUUUGCUUUCAGUGCAUAUCUUCCUAAAGUUCUAGAAAAAAGCUUAAUAUUCACAUUUCAAGUUUCUCUUACAGUAGCUCUCCUCAACAGCUUGCCGGUAUAUCUUUUGGAUGGUGAAUCUAUUUUAGAGGCAGCAUUGUGCCACUUCACCUUGCUGGGCCCAAGGAAGAGGGCAAACGUCCUACAAGCUUGUCUUUUAGGGGGAACUAUCAUUUGCGUGCUGACCUUUAUCAGGAUCUUCUUCAAUUUUUUGUAAUCAAACAGGUAAUCAAUGUCUUCAGUUUUCAAGAAAGUGGAUUUUGCCUUAUUAGAUCUAUACUUGAUUUUGGAAUUAGCACUUCAGUUCUUUUGGAAACAUAUAAACAAGAAAUACUUAAUUUUUGAGCUCAUUGGUGUGUAAUUCAACAAAUCUUGCUAAUUUUACUAGGAAUUGUCCCAAGUGUAUUGCAACGGUAGAACUCAGAUUUGAGAUCCAAAUAUUGUUAUAGAUUUAGCAAAUGCCUUCCAUAAAA